AUGUCUAAGAUCGCCUCUACCUUUUCGCGCCUGGUGCGCUUCAUCCCCAAGUCGAACUCCUCCAAGAUCCUGAUCGGCGAACCCGUCGACCCCAAGUUGGAUGUCGGCCUCGCUCUUUACCAGGGACAGGAGGUUUCCGUGCGCCCAUUCUCUGGCAGCUCAGUCUUGAACCCGGGAAAGGUUACCGAAACGACCGAGACCAUUGAUCGCAUUCUGUCCCCUCUGGCGCAAGCCGAAGUUGGAACUAUUCGCUGCAUUGGCCUGAAUUAUGUCUCCCAUGCCAAGGAGAUGUCCCUACCAAUCCCGGAGGUGCCAACAUUGUUCAUGAAGCCCUCCAGCUCUCUGGCCGAUCCCUGGCCUGCGCCAACUAUUCUGCCUAAGAUUACGCAGCAGGACAACACCGGUGACUACGAGUCUGAGAUGGUUAUUGUCAUUGGCCGCGAUGCCAAGGACGUGCCCGAGUCCGAGGCCCUUGACUAUGUCCUGGGUUACACAGCUGCCAACGACGUUUCAAGUCGGACUUUCCAGAUGAACCAGAGCCAGUGGUCUUUCUCCAAGGGCUUUGACGGCGCAUGCCCAAUUGGUCCUGUGCUCGUCUCCGCUGCUCUCAUCCCUGAUGCUAGCAAGCUCCAGAUUCGCGGCCUUAAGAGCGGCCGUGUCAUGCAGGACUGCCCUCUGACUGACCUCAUCUUCAGCGUUCCCCAAUUGAUCAGCUUCCUCUCCCAGGGCACUACUCUGCCUGCCGGUACCAUCAUUCUCACCGGCACUCCUCCUGGUGUUGGCGCAGCCAAGAACCCCAAGGAGUUCAUCAAGGCUGGCGAUGAAUUCGCCGUCGAGCUGCUUCCUCACGUUGGAACGCUCAUCAACAAGAUCGAGCACCAGUAA